AUGCCACUGAAGCACCAGCGUGCUCCCACUUUCUACCCCUCAAUCCCCUCUCCUGAGGCCACUCACGCGUUCGAGAAGGGCGCUGAGAAAGUGGGUUGGUUCCCUUCCUCCUCCGGACUGAGACAGCAGCUGCGGAAGGCUCCGGCGCGUAACCGCGUAACCGAGGAAGAAGCAGUGCUCCAGUCGAUCAGCCAGGAGGCCACCCGGGUCUCUUCCGCGCUGCCGGCCAAGAGGAGGCGGCGGCCCCGAUCACCUCCUCUUUUCCUCUUCCCAGGUCUCUUCAGGCUGUGGCUUCUGCCCUUCCAGGGCCACUUGUCCCGGGAGUCACGUUCGGCAGACUCCGGAUCGUGUUUUUAUAAAGUUUCCUCUGGGCGUAGGCAGCAGCCGGCCCCCCGGGUCCCCCCCGGCCCCGCCGCCCUGGGGGGCUGGGGCAGGGGAGGGGGCUCUGAGGACUCCCGGGGUCCUGCCGAGGAGCCGGGGGGCCGGCGACUGGCCGAGAGAGAAGACCCCCUGAGGGGCUCAGGGGAGGGGGAAGGUUACGAAACGACGGCGGCGCCGGUCCCGCACUCCCCGCCGCCGCUUCACAUCGGGGUCCCCGGCCCCCCGGGCGGGGGGUGGCUGCUGGUCUUAGGGCUCCGGCUCAUACACUCCGGGGCCAGAUGCUACGGCCCCGGGCGGGUGGCCGCGGCGGCGGCAGCGAGGCGGGGGACCCGGCCGGCUCCGCUCGGCGCCGCCCCCGCUCCCGGCUCCCGCAUGUGUCGCCGCGGCUGGGACCCCCCUCCCUACUACACCCUGGAGGUCCUUCGCCCCACGCCCCGGGACGAGGCAGGAAUUCCAGCCCCUCCUCAGCGUCCUCUCACCGCGAAGCAGCUACCAGUCCCGACCCGCGGUGGCCGCCUCCCUGCCCCCAGCCGCCGGCUCCAGCUCCGGCUCCGGCUCCGGCGUGUGCAGCAGCCGCCGCCGGCCGGGAAGGUGAGGGGGGGAAGAGGGGGGCGGCCGCGGCUCCUGCUGGCCCAGGUUGUGGCUGAGGUCUCGGCGGCGGCCAGGGCACCGGAGCUGGGUCCCUCGGAUGCUCCCUCGCGCUCACUCUCUAGGCAGCAGUGGCGGCAGCGCCCGGAGCUCCGCUCGCUGUCUCCCUCGCUCUGUGCGGGGCUCUCGCCUCACUCCAGAGAGAGGGGCGGGAGGAGAGCGGCGCCCGCUGAUGACGCAAGUCGCCUAGCAACCGCUCUUCUCCCCCUCCCUAUUCUUGCCGCUCCCAGGCUGGCUCCGCUGGCCUUUUUCCCCCCCUCUCCCUACCCCGCCCUGGGCGCCUGUGGCGCGCGCCGAUGACGCUAGAAAGGAAGAGGAAGUCGAGGAUCCGCGAGCGGGUGGGUGCGCCUCGGGCUGCGGGAGUCUCUGCUGCCGCUGCCGCCACCGCUGCCGCCUCUACGGCCGCGUCAGAACUGAAGAGAGGAAGGGGAGGAGCCCAGCUGAGCCUAAACUGCCGCCUGAUCUUACCCCUGACCCGAGGGCCGCAGAGAGAGUUUGCUCUGUAGCGGUUUCCUCCGAGGCAGGUAGCGACUGCUCCUUUGGGAACAAGAAGGAGCCAGGCGGUGGGGCCGGGCUGGGGCGCGCACCACCCCAAGGUGAGGCAUGUGGCCCCGGACAGGCCCUGGAAAAGCCAACUCAUGGAGAAGUUGUGCUACUGCCUGAUCGUUGCACCUGCUCUGGGGAGCGAGCGCCCCGCCCUUCCCGUGGCGUGGGGUGAGACCUAGCGCGGGGUGACUUGCGGUCGGGCCGAGCAAAGGUUUGCUUAAUGAACGAAUGCCUCUUUCGCUUGGCCCUCGCGGAACUCUUCGGAGGAUGAAAGCGCAAGCGCUUUGUAAACUGCAGCGCGUUGGAAAGAUGAGAAUUGCAAUGCACCCGUCCCCUCCCCCGAGCCGUGAAAGGAAACAGGGAAAUUAAUAGAUGAUGUCCUGAUCUGGAGGACUAUGACCCAUCCAUAUGCGCAUGCUAUCUCUGAGGAAAUGCAAGAGCUCAGCUUGGCUGCAUCUAAGGAGGCCACCAGAUGAGAAGGGAA